AUGGAGGCUGAUUGGGUAGAGGCGAAAAUGAGAUUUGGUGCGAUGGCGGGAGGGAGCGGUGGUGCAAAACUAGGGUUGGAAGGUAUAAGACAUGGACAACCUAGUAAUUUCGCGCAGAAAUUUGAUGGAGGACGGCAUCCUUUAAAAACACCAGUAACUAGAGAUGAUGGUAUCACAUGCAAGUUCUCCAUUGAUCCAAUAGCUGUUCUAUUGGGGUAUCUUUCUGUAGCUUUUCAUGUUGCAUCCACUGUGGCAGGAUUUCUUAUUCUUUUUUGGACUAACAAGAAAAAGUCUGAUCUACCACAAGUUUUCGAUUGCUAUGGUUGCAAUGUUGUUAUCGUCAACAAUAAUUGCACAGAAAUCUUAUCUCUAUUGUACUUGAGAUUUCCUAUCUCACUAAUCUGUCCUUUUCAUCUUACUCUCACAUUUUCACUAUUUCUUUAUCUCUACCUCUUCUGCAUCUCCUCAUCACUUUACAGUCGGAUCUUGCCAAUCUCUCUCCGGCGUCUCAUCGUUCUAUCACCGCUCUCGGCGCUGCGCUGGCCUUCUCACCAUAUUCCAUUCUCCUUCUCCUUCUCUCACGACAGCCAACAUGGCUCCUCCUUCCUCCACAGAGCCAAGCACCAUCGUCGCCUCUUCUGUUCCAAGCGAGCCACACCCACACCACCAGCAAACCGCGAGCUCCUUCCCUUCCAUGGCCGUGAAGCCAUCACCACUCCCAAGCUCCAUCACUUGGUUAUUCAGGAUGCAAAAGUUUUCAUGGUUGGCACUGGCGGAAUUGGCUACGGACUCCUCAAGACUCUAGCCCUAUCCUGUUUCUCUGACAUAAACACCGUCAGGUUCGUUUAAUGUGGGCAAUAUUGGUUUUGUGGAAGUUUUACAGGGAGCCAGGCAAGAGUUCUCCUAUUAAUUGGGUGCUAUCUUUUUUUAUUUGUCUACAUCAGUGGUGGUUUGUCAAUUUCCUCUCCUAUUGCAUUGAAUUUCUUCAGCAUUAUGCAGUGAUCUUUUGUUGGCAGCAUUCUUCUACAACAAAGGGAAAUCUGAAGUAGCUUUUUCUUUUAAUUAAGCAUUUUCUACAACAAAGGGAAAUCUGAAUUAGCUUUCAAGUUAUUAUUUGAGCUUUCUCUUGUAUUUAAGCAUUCUUCUACAGCAAAGGGAAAUCUGAAGUAGCUUUCAAA